CAAAAGCGCCGGCCGUCGACACAAGGCAGACAUCAUCUUGGGUUGGCAUGGCAUUGACGUCGCAGCAACGUCAUCAUGUGUUCGCGAAUGGCGUCGUCACGCCUGGCGCGCUUCCAAACAUUGGCCAUUCGCGGAGCUGGGCGGCUGGCACUCCGACAACUCGACCAUUGCCGACCCCCGACAACGACACAGACGGAGAAGAAGCUUGGGAAAACGAUUUCAACUUUGACGCGUUGCCCGAUACACCGGUUUCCAUACCAAGAGAGCAAAGCCCGAUGAACGCGAUGUCGCGGGUCGCUGUCGAGCGGCUCGCGCUGAAUUUUCGGCUGGUGGACAUUCUCGGCAGGGCGUAUGUGGCGAUCAACGAGCUCGUCGACGAGGCCGUCAAGGUCAAGGAAGUGAGCAGUCAGUUCAAGAAGGACGGCAGCAACCCCUUGGACGACGGCGACAACCCGGGCGGCUGUGCAUGGUUGGACCAAGUGCUACAGCUCCUCGUUGAGUGCUGCUUGCAUGGAUUCCGACCCGAGGCUCCGUCGACUGUGGGCGACCAGUUUGAUCGAGUCUCGCAGCUCAUGCGUCAGCCUAGUCCUUCCAACCACAUCCCGCGGCACAUGCUCACGAUAGUCAAGCUCUGGCUCGAAAUCGAAAAGUACGCGCUAUACCCAGUCCACGAGAAGGACCAGUGUUACCAUGCAGUCUCGUCGGCCGUUGCCAGCGCGGUCUUGCAUAUGAAGCUCAUGGACGAGACUCCCAAGAACAAUCCGCAUUUUGCCUUGACUGUCGUCGCGCUCAACGAAAUGAACGAUGCCACGUCGUCAAAGUGCUACGGCGCGUCGCCGACGAAGUCCCAGCCGCCGCUGCCCAAGUACCUGUCCGACGCAUCCAUAUGCCCGUCGAAACCGACCCAGCAACUCGAAGCGGUGCUCAUCGUGCGCCUUGCCUUGCUUAGCGUUGUUCUCAUGGCGUACAAAGACCACAGUCGACGGCACUUGCCCCUGCCGCUGGUGUCGUACCUUACGCUGUGCACGGCGCACCUACUCCUUCUGACGCUGGAGAUUCCCUUGGCCAUGGACUACGCCUGUCUUACGACCAAGAUCGCAGCUUACUUGACGCGCGACGACAUCGUGUUGGAGCGCGCCAAGGCGGUGCUGUGCCAAGCGCAGACAGACUUGCAGUCGCUCCAUGAAGAGGACAAGGACUGGGCAGAAUUCGACGAGCACGAGCGGUCCCAGCGCAUGUUCUCCGUCGACUGGACCGCCGAAAAACGUCCGUUGACCGCCACCGACGGCCGUCAACACGAAAUCCUUUCCCCCCAGACCGAAGGCAAUCCCGUUCAAGUCCGUGACGACGGUGGCGCGUCCGACGACAGCUCCGACUGGGACGCCGACGAUGACGUGAAGAAGACGUCGUCGGGCCCAGCCAAAGGUGGCGCGGGGUUGCAGCACCCAAGCGUGAGCGCGUCGUCGCUAUCGACCGUGCUCAACCUGCGCGACCUAUUUGUCCCGACGAAACAAGCCAAGACCACGUCGUGGCACAUGAUGCUGACCCAGGUCAUGCAACACCCUCCGUUGGACACGGCACCUCGGCUCCCACCGCCGUCCUCUCCGUACUCGAGGUCGUUUGCAGCAUUCGAGACCAGUCAUGUCCUCAACAACUCUUGGCAAUCGACGCGGUCGAUGGACCAGUGGCUUCGGGACUUGGCGUGUUUGCCGGCCAACGAUGACGACAACACUCGUUCUAUCCUUUGUCUCAACACGCCAGACGCCAUCGUCGCCCACUUGCAUUCAACAACGUCCAAGUAUACGCAAGAAUGGCUCGAUCGGUACGAUGUCGUGUGCCGGCGAGCGGCUGCGUCCGCGCCGGCCAUCUGCCUUCAGUUGGUGCAGUCCUUCUUCACAGACAUCGCCACUGCGCUCAAAUGUGAGCGAAACACGAGCGCAAGGUGGACCUCUGCGGCCUCCUCGCAGUUGUUGGACGCUGGUCUUCGAUGGUGUUGUUUGGUGGCCGAAGGCAACGCACCCUCGCCCAUCGUGAACGAGUUCUUGGCCGUGCUGCGUGCGCUGACGGGUUCACAGACCCCCGCAUUUGCGUCGUUUGGGAUGCUUGGCAAUCUUCGCUGCGCGCUGGUUGAGAUCGAAGUGCGAGUCCAUUACAGUCUCAUGUCGGAAGAUGACUUUAUGGACCCGUCCUCGUCGUGGCAAGCGCUCUUUGACGCCCUGCGCGAUGCGUCGACUCGGUUGCAUGCCCACGAGGUGGCAUGUCGUGCUGGGAUGACGGCUCAACCUGACGAUGACGACGAAGCCAUCGUGUCGGACAUCCUUGAGCUCAGCAUGCACGUGCUUGUCAUUGCCCACGCAUUGUGGAGCGGGAUCUCGCCGUUGUCUUUGAAGAGAUUCGCAAAGAUUCCCUUGCUUCCACCAGCGAGUCCCGAUGCUGACGUGGCCGAGCUCGAGAAGUUGGCCGGGGUGGCCGAGAUUCUCGACCACUUUGCAGACCGUCCGCUGGCUGUGUCGCCAGGGGCCACGUGGCGUCGUCUCAAGCUAUUGUAUCCCUUGCUGCCGCUGACGUCCCGCACUCGAGUUCGCGCCGGCAUGAUCAUGGGCAUGUCGCUGUGGGCAACCUCGCAGCAGCACGUUCAUGAUGCCGAAAGCAUCUUGUACGAGUCCAUCUAUGUCUUGCACACUCACUUUUCGCUGCACUCGUCGGAAGGGAUCUCGGCGCUCACGAUGUUUGGCGAUGCGCUCUUGGCAGUCGACAAAUACGCGUUUGCCACGGCUGCAUUUGAAACCGCGUGCGAGAUUGCGCACCGCCUCGACGCGACAGCGUGCGCAAUCGAAUUGGAGCGGAAGCUGGCGGUGCUGUGCAGCGACCACGGGGACGUCGACCGGAGCAUUCGGUACUACAAGCAGAUUCGGGCGCGGAGCCUGGCGCAACACGUGUGGUUCGAGUACGUCUACGUCACGGUUACGAUGGCGUGCCUUUUCAUGGACACAGGUGAGUACGCGGCGGCGGCGCACGACAUCCAAUCCGUCCUGCAGCAAAUGCAGCACCUCACAACGUACGAUUCGGAUGUUGUCGCGGAGCUCCACGUGUUGUCGAUUCGGCUGAGCAUCUGCCAUCUGAAGUUACAUCGCCCCCAUCACGCGAUCUCGGCGCUGGAGCUGUGCAUUCAGCGCUUUCAACCGAAAGCGGCCAAGCAUGCGGUCAUCCUCAUGUGGCUCGCCAUUUGCUACUACAAGGCAAACCAACUACCCCACUGCCAAGCGACCCUGAAGGCCGUCGCAAAGCUGCGGAAAAGGGACAAGGAGGGCCAUGGAUCGACCAGUGUCCACCAUGGCGGGUCCUUUGCAAAGCUGCCACCGCCGUUCAAGUACUCGAUUCCCGUGGAAACGUUGCCACACGCGUCGAUGGCGGCAGACUUGUACCCCGUGCAUGCAAAGGUAGCUCUCAAACUGAACGACUUUGAGCGCGCCGCCCACUUCUCCGCCCUCUCGAUUGUGUACUUGGAGCUUCAGCCCAUGUCGGCGACCGUGCUGACCCAGUUGGCGCAUGUGUAUUACCUUCGUGGCAAAGUGCUCGACGCGGCGGCAAACGCGCCGUGGCUCUUUCCCAUGAAGCUUCAGAGUCUGGAAUGCGAACAGCUCCUGCCGACGCAACCCACCCGGUCCCUGCAUCGACGCAAGAGUGCUGUGCUCGUGCGCGACCGUGUCCUUAUGUCGUUGGACGAAUGCAUGUAUCACAGCUUGCGGGCGUUCCACCACAGCUACGAACUGUACAGCAGCGACGACGACAAAGUCGGGAGGAUGAAAGCCGCUUGCCGCCUCGCGGCCGUGUACUUGCACAAGGCAUUCCUUCCGCGGCUCGUGCUGCGUCGGCCGUUGGACCAGCUCAUGAAGUUCUCGCUCACGCGCCGACAAAACGCGACCGCGUCGUCGCAGGAUAUCAAGGCAAGCGCCGCCGCUUGCACGGUCGACUUUGAGUUCUCCCUGACCGACAUCGAAAACCCGACAAGGUUUGUGUGCGAGUCGAGCGCUGUUGCGAUGGCGCCGCAACUGUACGUGGACGCAUGUCUCAAUAUGUGCCAGCUCCACUGCCUGCGGGACAAAGGGGCAGACGCGUUGGGCUACUGGUACGAAGCGCGCGACGUGUUUCUCAACUGCGUUCUGUGCCCGUCGGCGUCGUCGAUGCAGCGGUGCCUACGCCGUUUGGUCAUAACCCUGCUCACGUUUGAAUCGUCCGUCGUCAACGAAAACGUCGUGUUGCUGGACCUCCUAACGACGCCGUGGCCGUUGUGGCAGGAUGCCUCGUGUCUCAAACACACGGGGCGGCGCGCAUGUGUCAUGGACCCAGAAACCAGCACGACCUACCAGACAAAGCUGCGGGAAAAGCCUCCUGCACUACAUGGCGCUGGCGGACACCAGCGCCACAAAUCCGACACGUUGGAGCUCCUCGCGACCAAGCGCCUGCAUGUCGGAGGCAGCACGCAGCCUUUGGCAACGUCGCGCGCAUCAGACACGACGAGAAUGGCGCCUCCGUUGCAGGACGGCGGCGUCAAGGCCAUGAAGUCGGCAGCCUGUCGACCUGUGCAAGGCGCCACCACUCUUGAAACGAUCCACAGCAGCUUCGCCAUGUUGAAGCACCUUCAAAGUACGUUUGCCAUGCACCAGGACGACGAUAGCAAUGCAAAGAGACGCCUUGUCAUGCGGCAUAUUUGGGACCACAUGGACGAGUUCCGCGGCAACUGCUCCCUGCCUCUGUGGCUGUCGUCGGUGGGCUACGACAACACGUCGAUGGCGACGGUCGUGUACGCACUGGAAAUUAUCCCAGCGUCGAUCCUGGCGACGUAUGUGCCGUCGUCGGGACGUAUCGAGUGGAAAUGGAUCGACCCCCCCAAUCAACUGACGCUUUUGUCUGCCACGGGCAUUGCCCAACCCCCGCCAUUGUCGCCCCUUCGCCGCUUCCACAUCGACGAGAGUAAAGCGUUGCCAGCGCCCUUGUCGGCGGCAGUCCUUCCCGAACUCUUUACCAUCUCUGGAGGCGGCGACAUCAAGCAGCACGCACGAAACCGGUGCAUGUUUCGUCGAGAAUUCUCGUCCAGGCUGACGUUGGUCGACGCGACGGAUUCCAUGGCCAACAGCGACGGACCACCUCAGAACGACGCAAAUCGUGGCGUCAGCAACGCAUGCUCCACCACGCAAUACUCGCUCGUUUGUAGCGCUGCGUUGCAAAGUUUGCCGUGGGAAUACUUGCGUGGCGCGUCCAUCGUCCGACGGCCAACUGCCUUUGUCACAAACAAGGCGCCAUCUCCACUGGACCAACGGCCCGUGCAUUUCCGCAUUUGCCGCAUCAAGACGCGGUACCUGCACUCGACGGAAGUGCUGUCGCCGUGGUGGUCUGUGCUGGGGUACGCAGCCACGGUAUCGUUGACGCAAAAGAAGGGAAAGUUUUCCAAAAAGGUGGCGGUCGUCGAAAAGACGUCGGGGCCCGGGCAGAGUGCGUCGAACUCACGUGGUGCUGACCUCGUCCCUGUGGUUGACAUCGUGUUGGCAUCGUUGCUCGAACUGAAUGGAGCGACGUCGUGGAUAUGCCCGUCGCCCACGCGCCUCUACGUCUUGGCCCCGCCACAAGUGCUGCCCCUUCUGUCCAAAGCCAUGCUGGCAUCCUUGCCGCAGCUCAAGAAACCAUCGCUCUUUGCCAAACGACGGGCACAGCCAUCCGUUGUGACCGCGGCGUCUGUCCUCGAGUGCGUGCAUCGUGUGGUCAAGUCCUUCCAAACGCAGUACGACGUGCCUGUCGUCGUGUACAGCUCGCAUCCAUGGUGACGCGCACACCGGUGCGCUUUGAAUCAUCCGUCGGCCAUCGGUAGUUGGGGUGCUCCUUGCGCCAGGUGGAAGCAUUGCGUCCGACGAAUAGAGCUGUUCAACCGAGUUGCAGAUAAAUAUCAAUCGGAGUGUGUCGGGCGCUGAAUGUAUGCCGAGUGCGAGCGCUCCAACAUGAAUCGCUACGGUCCAUCCACCGAGUGUGUCAACCCCUCAAGAUAUUUGAUCUCGA